AUGCUCCCUAGUGGGGCAAGCAUCGACGAUAAGAUCAAGAACUUUCUCUGCUCUCCAGGCACUACGACAGACUCGCAAAAGCUACAUCAAACCUUUCCCUACCCCGAAGAUACCAUCACGACCAUGUUCCAGAUCCUCGUCAUGGCCAGCGGGCAAGGGUCCAACUUUCAGGCCCUCGUCGACGGCGUCGAGAGCGGUCGGAUCCCCAACUCGUCCAUCUGCCGGCUCAUGGUCAACCGGUCCAAGGCGUACGCAACGACGCGGGCCGACAAGCACGGGAUCCCCUGGGAGUACUUCAACCUCAUCUCCCACGGCUUCCAGGAAAAGGGCGAAAGGGACGCGGGGCGGCUGCAGCGGGCGCGUGAGGAGUACGACGCGGCGCUCGCGCAAAAGGUGCUCGCCUGCUCGCCGCGUCCGGACCUCAUCGUGCUCGCCGGCUGGAUGUACAUCUUUGGACAGCGCUUCCUCGACCCCGUGAGCGCGGCGGGCAUCCGCGUCAUCAACCUGCACCCAGCGCUGCCGGGCAAGUACGACGGCGCCCACGCCAUCGAAAGGGCCUUUGCCGACUUCAAGGCCGGCCAGCUCGAGCGCAACACGACCGGCAUCAUGGUCCACAACGUCAUCCGACAGGUCGACCACGGCGCGCCCAUCCUCGUGAGGGAGGUGGGGUGUCUCCCGGACGACGAUCUGGCGACGCUCGAGGCCAGGAUACACUCGCAUGAGCACGAGCUGAUUGUCGAGGCGACGGCCAAGCUCGCGCGCGAGAUGACAUCGACCUAG